CUCGGCGCGUCGCGGAGGGGUGACUGUGCUGUGCCGUUGUGGUCGCGGGAGUGAUUCUCGUGCGUCUUCGCGGUCUUGGCGUCGCGUGACAUUCAUCUAGCGAGCAGCGAAGCGAGCGAGGCACUCGAGGCCGCGUUGUCGACGAGCGCGAGCGAUCACGACGUUGACGGACGGCGGGCAGUCGCGGACGAAUCGGCCGCGGUAUGUACCUCGGUGGCCAACGGGGCAUGACGGGAACAGGUGACAAUAGAACCGCGCCAUGUUAGAUUUCACGAGAUCGCGAAACGCGCGCCGCCGCCGCCGCUGCUGCUGCCGUUUUCCGAUGCUGCUGCUGCCGUUGCUGCCGCUAGCUGCCUACUACCGCCUGACUACUACCGUGGUGCUGAUACUGUGGAGAAAGAGUGAGAGAAAGGGAAGGAGGAGAUUUACACUUUGUUUUCCCGUCUAUCGCGCGCGCUGCUUUCCUCACGACGGUGAUCCACACGAAAAUCAUCCAAGCUGGAUAGGUUACCCGAGUAUCUCCGCGAUACCGUGGACUGGUUUAUGGGAAAGGCCAGACGAAAGGAGAAGGAUGCGGGAACCACGGAGGAUCCGAAAUUGUACCUGGAGGAGGCUGCCCUCGAAAGGCAGCUACCGGAGCUGGACCUGAGGAUGCUCGUGGACCUACCGCCCGGCCUGGACUACAACGAAUGGCUGGCGUCGCAUACCCUCGCAUUGUUCGACCAUAUUAAUCUCGUCUAUGGCACAAUAUCCGAGUUUUGCACCAUGACGGGCUGUCCCGACAUGACCGGUCCUGGCUUAAGAACGUAUCUAUGGUUCGACGAAAAGGGAAAAAAAACGAGGGUUGCGGCGCCACAAUACAUAGACUAUGUUAUGACAUUUACGCAACGCACCGUUAGCGACGAAACUAUAUUCCCUACAAAAUAUGCAAACGAGUUCCCGAGCUCGUUCGAGUCGAUAGUGCGUAAGAUCCUGCGGCUACUGUACCACGUAGUGGCACACAUCUACCACUGCCACUUUAGGGAGGUGGCGCUUUUGGGGUUGCACGCUCACCUCAAUUGUGUAUUCGCCCACCUCACGCUCCUUAAUCAACGCUUCAACCUUAUAGACCCCAAGGAGACGGAGAUCCUGGGGGACUUAGAGGCCGCCCUCUUGGGUGACUCGACAUCCGCGCCUUCGCAGACCUUAGCCAUCCAGGAGACUCCGACCACUACGAACACUAGUAGUACCACCUAGAUCGCUGCGAUGCGUCAUAGCGAGCGAGCAGAGGUUGCAGUUCCUGAGACUAGGUGACGAUAGAUGACGAUACGUUCGUUCAUUCGAUUUCUUUUUUGUCUCUUUUUUUUCUUUUUGUAGAUUACAUGCGAAAAAUAACGUUUAUUGCGAUAUGAUCGGCUGGUAAGAACGAAAAGAAGUACGAAAGAGUGAGAGAAAGAGAAUGAAAGAGUGCGAGAGAGAAUGAGAGAAAACAGUGAUUCUGUAAAAACAAGAAAAAAUAUACCAGUAGUACCUGUACAUAGCAAAGUGUGAACAACUACAUGAUGUAAUUAGGUUCCUCUGUUUGUUGUUUGUGAGA